AUGAGGCAGCAUAAGUUUCUUGCAAAGCUUAGAAAAUGUUCAUUUGCAAAAAGUGAGGUUGAAUAUCUAGGCCACAUCAUUUCUGAAAAAGGACUACACACUGAUCCCUCCAAACUGCAAGCAGUGGCUGAAUGGCCUAAACCAGUGUCCAUCAAAGGGUUAAGAGGGUUUAUGGGAUUGACUGACUACUACAGGAGAUUCAUCAAAGGGUAUGGAGUGAUUAACAGACCCUUAAUUGGCAUGUUAAAGAAGAACUCAUUCCAAUGGGGUGAGGAGGUUGAGCAUGCUUUUGAACAGUUGAAGCAAGCCCUAUGCUUAGCACCAGUGUUGGCCUUACCUGAUUUCCAAAAGCCUUUCAUCAUAGAUGCUGAUGCUUGCCACAAAGGGAUGAUGGCAGUUCUGAUUCAAGAAGGAAGGCCCAUAGCCUAUUAUAGCAAAGCUUGUGGGGAUAAGCACCUAGGCUUAUCAAUCAUGAGAAUGAGUAUAUGUCUAUCUUAA